AUGGACCACCUCGUGCUGUUAGUGUCGAGAGGCCGUCACGAUGGGGCGGACGGCGCCAAGGGGAGAAACACGACGUGUGAAAUACCGGCUCCGUAUACCCCGAGUCCCACGACCCCAGUCGCCGGGCGGUACGACUUCUACCACCUCAAUGUGAUCGUGUCAGGGGCGUGCGCCGCCUUCUCGACGGUCGUGAUCCUGCUGCUCAUGUGGCAGCACGCGACGCACAUGAGCAAGCCGAAGGAACAGAUGCACAUCCUCCGCAUCGCCUGGUUCAUCCCCGUGUACGCGAUCGGGAUCUGGAUCAUGAUCCUCGAGCCGCGCGUCUACGUGUACCUGCUCUCCUUCAUCGUCAUCUACGAGGCCUACGCGCUGGCCUACUUCUACCUGCUCCUCUGCGAGAUCCUAGCCGAGCCCGCCGACGCCGCCUUGGGGGAGCGCGCCGUCCUCCUCUCCCCGCUGAUCGCGCACGCGCGUCGCAAGGGGGUCUCUGUCACCAACGCCAACGGUUUCUUCUCGCCGCACUGGCGCUUCCGAAGGCAUUUUGUGGAAGCGUUCCAGUGCCCGCCGCUGAUGGUGCUGCUCAUGGUCGCGGGCGUCACGACGCAGGCGACGGGGACGUACUGCCUCACGGCUCACGACGCCGUGCAUGCGCAUCUGUACCUCGUGGUUGUGCAGAUCGUGAGCAUGGUUGCGGCGAUUAUUGGGGUCGUGCAUACUUAUGUGCCGCUGAGGCGGGAGCUCAAGGAGCAUCGGGCGUUGAGCAAGCUGUGGGCGUUCAAGCUGCUUAUCUUCUUGCAGGUCGCGCAGGGGCUCGCCUUCUCGAUCCUCGACGGCAUCAGUCCGCCCUCGAUCGAAAACUCGGACGUCUUCAGCCCGAUCGACAUUAUUGUCGGCAUACCGCUGCUCAUCGUGUCGUGCGAGCUGGUCUUCUUCGCGAUAUUCUUCCACUACGCCUACAGCGUCGCGCCAUACCAGCUGUCGGACGAGCAGCUGCGCUCUGGUCAGCGGUAUGCCAUGCACUGCUGGCGGGUUUGGUGGGACAUUCUCAAGAUCCACGACCUUAUCGCCGCGACGAAGUUCAUGUUCCGCCUGGGCGAGGAGAUCCGCCUUCUGGAGCGCGACAUGCAGAUGCAGGAGAGGCAGAGCUGGAGCCCUGCGAAGGCGAAGGAGGAGAGCGGACAUGAAGUCGGUGUCGUUGUUGGCUGGGUUGAGGCGGUGCGGUGA